CAACAGAUGCGAAAUGCCCCCCAGGCCCAGGCAGAAAAGCUCCAAGGCGGAGCAGGCAAGAAGGUUCUUGUCUGGUGGAGGCGUGCUGCGAGAGGACUCGGACGAUGAGCUUGGCCUCGAAGACCAUCCCUGGGAGUGGAUACGGGACAACGAGAACCGAAGGAUUGUAGGCGCUCGCAUGGGAGCAUUUGAAUGUUACGUUGGCGACGCGGUGCUUCUCAAAGCCCCAUCGAGCAACGAAGCUUGGGUCGCACUGCUCUACGAAUUCUUCGAGGGGGAGGACGAAGACGACGAUGGCCAGGGGGUGGUAAUGGAAAAGAGGGCGAGCAUGCUGUGGUUCUCCUCGGAAAAGGAGAUCAGGAACAACAAGAAGAAGCGUGGUGACCACUUGCCGAACGAGUUGUAUAUCACUACCGAUUUUGACAGCAACCCGCUGGGAAGCAUCAAUGGCAAAGCACGCAUUUUCUCCGGGCACACAUUUCUUCAACAUUUCCCAACUGGAAAGAUUCCGCGUAACAACAAAUUACAUGGGAAGGCUUUCAUCUGUAGGCGGGGUGUAAACACCCGUACCACCACAUACACCGAUGAGUUCGCAUGGGAAAGUACGUAUGCAGGCUCGGAAAGCCUUGACAGCCUGAUUGAGCUCGUAGAGACACAAACUGUCAAAACACGAAAACGCAAGGUCGCGAAUGAAGAUGUGGAGCCAGACGACUUUGUCGCAGAGGAAGAUGAUGAUAAUGAGUUGGGAACUCCACGCAAGAAGCGAAAGAUGGCAUCCGCACUCUCAACGCCAUCACGAGCCAAAAAAUCCACACCUCGGAAAUUCCUCACACCUACGGGGCGCAAAAUUGUUGCUAAGAAGCCUCUUGAGUUUACGCCGCUGGGCACAAGAGUGCUUGCGACUUCACAGACUCAGGCAUCACCGUAUCAGCUUGCAAGGUCAACACUGCACGUCUCUGCUGUGCCUCACGCCCUGCCUUGCAGAGAGAGAGAGUUUGAGUCAGUGUAUGCGCAUCUGGAAACGGCCAUCUCGGCGGGUACAGGAUCGUGCAUCUACAUUUCUGGAACUCCCGGGACUGGCAAGACAGCCACGGUGCGAGAGGUGGUGAGCAGUCUCCAAACAGCUGUCGCCGAGGAGAAGCUAGAUGACUUUUACUUCGUGGAGAUUAACGGUAUGAAGGUUACAGAGCCUCAUCAGUCAUACAGUCUAUUAUGGGAAGCUCUCAAGGGCGAUCGGGUCAGCUCCACACAUGCCCUGGAGUUGCUAGAACGUGAAUUCACUACGCCCAGUCCGCGGCGCGUACCCUGCGUGGUCCUGAUGGAUGAGCUCGACCAGCUCGUGACGCGCAACCAAGGCGUGAUGUACAACUUCUUUAAUUGGCCACAACUUCGACAUUCACGGCUCAUCGUGUUAGCCGUUGCCAACACGAUGGAUUUGCCUGAGCGGACCUUGUCCAAUAAAAUAUCGAGCAGACUUGGUUUGACACGCAUCACCUUUCCGGGAUAUACGCACACGCAACUGAUGACCAUCAUACAAAGUCGUCUCGAGGGCGUCGGCCAAGUCGUCGUUGAUCCAGAUGCAGUCCAAUUUGCGAGUCGGAAGGUCGCUGCUGUUUCGGGCGAUGCCAGGCGUGCGCUUGACAUAUGUCGUCGUGCCGUUGAACUCGCAGAGCAGGACCUCGCGCAGCAUGACCAGGCGGAACAGGAGAAUCAGCCUCUGACUACGCCGAGCAAGACGUUGAAAAGCGCCACGAAAGGUAUCGUUACUAUUGCGACCAUCAAAAGGGCCAUCAACGAAGCCACUUUGACCCCGUUAGCGGUACAUCUGAGAUCGCUGCCCAUGGCAAGCAAGCUCUUCCUUGCGGCUCUCCUUGCGAGACUGCGUCGAACUGGUAUCACUGAGUCUACACUUGCAGAUGUCGUCGACGAAGCCCAUCGCAUGAGCACCAUGACGACCAAUAAGAUCGUCGCAACUCACUUGUUGGCUGUCGUUCCGAACCCAGCUCAACACGAUGGCGAAACGACAGAUGGUUUGGUAAUGACGCCUCAGAAGCGCGGUCGGCCAGCCCAGAAAAAGGACAUGGAACGCGCAGCACGCGUCUUGGGGCUUGGAGUGGCCGCGCAGGAGCUAUCUGAGGCUGGCAUCAUUGGCCUGGAGAGUAGACAUGGAGACCGUGCAGGACGAGUGCGCUUAGGGACGGCCGAGGAACAUAUCUCGGAUGCCAUUAAAGACGACGAAGACUGUAUUGGUUGGAUGUAG